AUACGAUACAAGUGAGAAGAGCUAUUGAUUAGUAAACUAUUUUAUUAGUUUUGGGAAGACAAAAAUUAAGUAUGGGUCAUUUCGUUGUGUUUCUCAUUCUUGCCAUUUCUUGCACUUGUUACUUGGAACCCAAGUUGUUUAAUGUCCAAGCUGCAGAAAAUGGGUAUACUACCACCUGGAAUAGUGCAGAUGGAACGUGGUAUGGAAGUCCAACCGGUUAUGGAAGCGAUGGUGGAUCUUGUGGAUACACAAACACGGUAGGGGAAGCACCACUCAAUUCUCUAAUAUCAUCGGGAAGUACUUCUCUCUAUAAAGAUGGGAAAGGAUGUGGAACUUGCUACAAGGUAAAGUGCAGCGUGAAUGAAUAUUGUUCCGGAGAAAGUAUAACCGUAGUUAUAACAGAUUCAGGAGUAUCCGAGACCAAUAGACCCCAUUUUGAUCUGAGUGGAACUUCUUUUGGAGCCUUGGCUAAGAGUGGCCAGGCAGAAGCGCUCCGCAAUGCCGGUACUAUUGAACUCGAGUAUCAAAGGACGACAUGCGAUUACAAGGGAACACCACUGACAUUUACCGUCGAUACGGGCGCGAACGAUGAGUAUUUUGCUACUCUGAUUGAAUACGUUGGUGGAUCCGGCGAGCUCAGCGCAGUGUACAUGAAGGAAUCUGCAUCGGAGGAGUGGCUUCUCAUGGAUCAUUCCUGGGGUGCGCUGUGGAAGAGAUCCAGCUCCACACACCUAGUCGCGCCUUUUUGGUUCAAACUGGUUGAUGAUGCUAACAAGACUCUCGUUGCCGAAAACGUCAUUCCGACAGGUUGGGCUCCCGGAGUUUCUUAUAAAUCGGCCGUUAGUACUUUUACCUAAUUCAUCAGUUACAUGUAAACAGUAACAAAUAAGGAAGGGUUGAACAUUAUCCAAUUCCAUGUGAACUCGAUUGUAGUGUAGCAUAUAAUAAAAGAUGUAAUCAUUCAUUCAGAAACAACAAUCCCACAAUGUAUAUACUAUGUAUUUGUAUACCAUGUAAUAAACAAAAGAUGAUGUUGAUGAACUUCUUCGUACGUACACCACAUGCUGGGCUGUUUAAACUUUAAAGUACUAUGUUAUGG